AUGGUCCCUAAAAAGACGCUGGGCGAGCUCCAGAGCGCCUACGACCCCAAGGCGGUCGAGGAAGGCUGGUACGAUUGGUGGUCCAGCCAGGGUCUGUUCACCCCGUCGAGUGAGUCGGAGCCCAAUGCCAAGGGGCGUUGGGUGGCCGUGCUGCCCCCUCCGAAUGUCACUGGAAAGCUGCACAUCGGCCACGCGCUGACCGUGUCCAUCCAGGACUGCCUGGCCAGAUGGCAUCGCAUGAGGGGCGACACCACCCUGUGGAUCCCCGGCACCGACCACGCCGGCAUCGCCACCCAGACGGUUGUGGAGCGCAUGCUGAUGCAGACGGAGAACAAGAACCGCCACGAUUUCAGCCGCGUCGACUUCGUGAAGCGCGUGUUUGAGUGGAACGACCAGUACGGCAGCAACAUCAAGACCCAGCUGAAGCGCAUGGGCGCUUCCCUCGACUGGACGCGCGACGCAUUCACCAUGGACGCGGUCCGCUCCAAGGCCGUGAUCGAGGCGUUCGUGCGCAUGUAUCGCGACGGGCUCAUUUACCGCGCCACCCGGUUGGUGUCGUGGUGCCCCCACCUCUCUACGGCGCUCUCCGACAUCGAGGUGGACACUUUCGAGGUCACUGCCCCCGUGCGCAUCAAGCUGCCCGGUUACGACUCGACCGUUGAGGUGGGGUCCUUGUGGAUCUUCAAGUACCAGGUGAAAGGCGCGGAUCCGGAGAAGCACAUCUCCGUCGCCACCACCAGGAUAGAGACCAUGCUCGGCGACGUGGGCGUCGCGGUGCACCCCAACGACGCCAGGUACCGCGACCUGGUCGGCUGCGAGCUCGUGCACCCCUUCAUCCCCGACCGCAAGCUCGUGGUGGUGGCCGACGAGCACGUGGACCCCGAGUACGGGACUGGCGCAGUGAAGCUGACCCCAUCGCACGACAAGAACGACUACGACAUCGCGAAGCGCCACGGUCUGCCGUUCGUGACGAUAUUCACCGACGACGGCCGCAUCAACCGUAACGGCGGGGAGUUCGAGGGCAUGCACCGCUUCGAGUGCCGCAAGGUCAUCGAGGGCCGCCUGAAGGAGAUGGGCGUGCUCGAGGACAAGGUGCCCAACUCGAAGCCCAUGACCAUCCCGCGCUGCUCGCGCACCGGCGACAUCGUGGAGUACAUGAUAAUUCCGCAGUGGUACGUGAACUGCCAGGAGCUGGCUGCGCGCGCGAUGGAGCACGUUCGCACCGGGGAGCUCACGCUGAUCCCCUCGUCGUAUGUCUCCGUGUGGGAGAUGUGGCUGGGCAACAUCCAGGACUGGUGCAUCUCCCGUCAGCUGUGGUGGGGUCACCGCAUUCCCGCGUACCGCGUGGUAUCUGCGGAGCUCAAUGGCGAGGAGCCGUGGAUCAUCGCCCACGACCAGGCCGAGGCGGAGGAGCUGGCCAGGCGCCAGUACCCCUCCCUGACUUCGUUCGAGCUCAAGCAGGACGAGGACGUGCUCGACACGUGGUUUUCGUCCGGGCUCUUCCCCCUGUCCACCCUCGGCUGGCCUGACGAGCAGCACCCGGACUUUUUGAAGUUCUUCCCCACCACCCUGCUCGAGACCGGCAACGACAUCAUCUUCUUCUGGGUUGCGCGCAUGGUGAUGAUGUCGCUGCACCUGAUGGGCAAGCUGCCGUUCUCUAAAGUCUACCUGCACCCGCUGGUGCGCGAUGCGCGCGGUGAGAAGAUGAGCAAGAGCAAGGGCAACGUGCUGGACCCCCUGGAGGUCAUUGAGGGGACCACCCUCGAGAGCCUCAAUGAAAAGAUCACCAACUCCAGCCUGCCUGCCGGUGAGAUCAAGAAGGCCAUUGCGCUUCAGAAGCAGCAGUUCCCGCAGGGCAUCCCCGCUUGCGGCACUGACGCCCUCCGUCUCGGCCUGCUCUCCCUGACCCGCCAGAACCGGGCGAUCCUGCUCGAUGUGAACAAGAUCAUCAGCUGCAGGCACUUCGGCAACAAGAUUUGGAACGCGCUGAAGUUCGCCAUGCCCAAGAUCCAGGGCCUCAGGGUCGACAUGGGUACAGUGCCCUCGACCCUGCAGUGGGAGGACCGCUGGAUUUUGCUGAAGCUGAACGAGUACAUCGCCAAGGUCACUGAGGCCUUCGAAAACUACCAGUUCGGCGACGCCGUGCAGGCCGCCUACGACUUCUGGCUGUACCAGCUCUGCGACGUCUACCUCGAGGUGGUGAAGCCGCGCCUGCCGUCGUUCAAGGACGUUGCGGAGGUCGGCCCCGUCGUGGAGGGCGCCAUUUACGCCCUCAACAGCAGCUUCAGCGUCGGCCUGCGCCUGCUGCACCCCAUCAUGCCGUACAUCACGGAGGAGCUCUACCACCACCUGCCGGAGCACCUGCGCACGAGCGACUCCAUCUGCGUGGCGGAGUUUCCCACCGUCCAGUCGGCGUGGGAGGACGCCUCUGUCGAUGGCGAGAUGCAGCUGUUGAAGUCCGCGGUGCACAGCCUGCGCUCGCUUGCCGUCACUCUGGGCAUCCCGCCGAGCGUGGCCAAGACCGGUUUCCUGGUCGCCACCGAUCCGCGCGACUCCGGCGUGCUCGCCACGCUGUCGCCGCAUGCAGCGACGCUAGCCAAGUUCGAAAGGGUGUCCGUCGUCUCCGCAGGCGCCCCGGAGCUGGCGCAAUGCGUGCAGGACGUGUCGUCAUCGUACGUCUCCUACGUCCAGGUGGACAGCAGCAUGGACCUGAGCAAGACGACCGCCAAGCUGUCCGCCAAGCUGCAGAAGUCCCGCCAGUCGCUGCAGGGCUACCAGAAGAAGCUGACUGCCCCCGACUACGAGUCGAAGGUGCCGGAGAGCGUGCGCGAGCUCAACGCCGCUAAGAUCCAGGAGCUGGAGCUCGAGAUUUCGCAGCUGGAGCGCGCCAUUGCGGAGUUGGAGAGGCUGCGCAUUUGA